AUUACACAAACUGGUGUAGCUUGCAUACAUACAUACAUAGUUUAUUCUGCAUGUGAAAAAGCCGCGUCAAAUAAGUAUUUUUAUAUAAAAUUUCGUGAAAGUAGAUUAAACAGUAGAAAAAAAAAAGAAAUACAAUGGCUGUAAGUAUAGCCUUCAGCGCUCAACCUACCAAAGUUUUUGUUGGUAGCUUACCUCCAGGCACAAAACCAGAAGAACUUCGUCAUUUGUUUGAAAACUAUGGUGUAGUCGUCGAAUGUGAUGUCAUGAAUAGAUGUGGAUUUGUACAUAUGAAGAAUCCCGCAAUGGCGGAGAAAGCUAUUCAGGCUCUGAAUGCCAGUGAAUUUAAGGGACAAUCAAUUGUUGUGGAACACGGUCGACCAAAGGAACGCGGUGGUGGCCCACAAGGUGGUGGACCUAAUCAAGUUGGUCGAGGGGGUGGACCCCAGCGUGGUGGCGGACGAGGCGGUGUUGGCUUCCCUGGCAAUAUACAGCAUUCGAAUAAAGCCAAACAAGUGGCCACAUUGCAAUUGGCCAGCGUCAUAUUGGAUUUGCUAAAUGACCAAAACCAAACCGAAAAUAUUGCAGGUGGUGGCGGAGGAGGUGGUGGUUUCCUUAUAGGAACGGGCUCUGGUUCAGGUGGUGGACCAAUGGGAGGAGGUGGUCCUCGUGGAGGUCGUUCAGGAGGCGGAAACUUCCAGGGCGGACGUGGCGGUGGUCCCCAAAAUAUGAGUGGUCCUGGUCCAAUGCGCAAUCAGGGCUUUAAAAAUGAACGUUCUGCCCCAUAUCCAUCACAAAACAUGAAUGCGGGAGGUCCACAAGGAGGUGGUAAAUUUAAUCAAAAUAGAUCUGGCGGAAUGGGUGGAGGAGGUCCUGGCGGCAAUUUUGGCCAAAAUCGAGGUGGAAAUUUCAACAAUUCCGGAGAUAAUGGAAAUUGGAAUAAUGUCAGUGGCGGUCUCGGCCCUCGUGGCGGCCCAAAUAGAAGUGGUGGAGCCGGCAGUGGUAAUUUCCAAAAUCAAGCCCGAGUAGGCGGUGGUGGUGGAUUCAAUGACAACUUUUCAAGUGGCUUCAGUGGUAAUAUGAACAAUGUCCCAGCCGGUAAUUUUGGUGGGCAACAAGAUAGACGUGGCUUUACAUUGCCCACGAAUCAACCACCCAAAUACGGUGUUGCUGGCAACCAACAAGGAAGUGGUUUUGGUGGUGAUUUAGGAUUUGGCAACGACGAUGGUCUCUUCCAAAGGAGAAAUCAUAACGGACCUAACAUGGGUGGUGGUCCUGUUGGCGGUAAUAAUAUGGGCGGUGGCAAUUUCAAUCGCGGUGGAAACCGUGGUGGCGGUUUUAAUAAUCGUGGUGGCCCAAAUGGCGGUCCAGUUGGUUCGCCACAACAACAAGGAGGCUUUAAAAAGAACUUCGCUUCAAAUAACAUGAAUGUGAGCGAUGACUAUCAACAGCAAUUCCCACCAUUAAGUAGCGGAAACGAUUUUCCUCAACAAGGAAACUUUGGGAACAAUCGAGGAGCAAACGUAGGUCAUCGUAGUGGUAAUUUUGGAGGUGGAUUUAAUCGUGGCGGAAAUACGCAAGGCAACAUGCCACGAAAUGGUGGUCCAUUGGGAAGAGGCAGUUUUGGAGGAGUCAGUGGUGGUGGUAGCGGUGGCAAUAUGAAUCGGAGACGUUUUUAAAAACUCAAACGUGCAAUUAAAAUGAACGAAGUUUAGGAUCUUUAAAUAAUUUUCUUUUAAAAAGUACUAAUCAUUCAUGGAUAACUUAAGAAAUAUUUCAGAAUUCACAGGUGAGGUAGGACAAUAACUCAACGUUAGAAAAAGCUAAAGUGAAUUUUGAAAUCUAAUUUAAUAUGUCUUAAUUUUAUAAGACUUUUAAUUUAAAAGUAUUUUAAAAAGAGACUGUAGCAAGACACUUGUGCCUACAUCUUUACAAAAAUCAUAUAAAUAUGUAGUUUUAUUUAAAUACAGUUUAAAAUAUAUACAUAAUCUAAUAUAAAAAAUAAAUAAAAA